GUUUGACUUAUUCGUUGUAGUAAUCGGCUACGUCGAAACGUCAAAAAUUUCACGUCGUUCUAUGUUAUUUUUAACGUUGUACUUGUUUUCUACACUGUUUGUACAGAUAUAUAAUUCUGGGCCAAUAUAUAACAUACAAAUUACUUCGAGGUAUGUCCAGUACACUGGCUUAGCCUCUUGUACAUUCAAAUUUUCCCUGGAAAAGCAUUUAUCGUAAAUCAUCACCAUGGCUACUGCUGGCAAUAUGAAGGAUCCUGCAGUCGCCAAGAAACUGUUUGAGAAUCUACAGAGUGACCUGAGGCUGCUGUCUACAGAAGGAAAGAGGAAAUAUCCAAAUGUGAAAGAGGCUUCGGAAAAAGUUCAGUUGAAGCUCAGAACCAUAUCUGCAAAAGGGGACGCCUUGAUUACAGGUCUGGUAUCAUCCAGUGCGGAGAUUUUACAUCCAUUUGUGCUGGGGUGUGAGACAAAGAACGUGAAGCUCAUUCCGAUAUGUCUGACUGCCGUCCAGAGGAUGAUCUCACAUGAAGCAAUCUCCAUAACAGCAGCAGAUGAGGUGUUGACAAUGCUGUGGGGUUUAAUGGAGGCAGGGCUAGAGGAACUGAAGCUACUACAGACAGCCAUACUGCUUAUCACCACAAAUUUUGUGGUUCAACAUGAGUCAUUGUCAAAGGCAAUGGUGUUAUGUCUACGUCUACACUUCACGAAAGACAGCACCACCAACAAUACAGCAGCGGCGGCCAUCAAACACCUUGUCAGCAUCGUGUUUGAACGGGUCAUUGCCGAGGAUAAAUUACAACCACAGGACACAUCAAUCAAAAUAUCUGAAGAGGAACUGAAGAAAGGUUCCAGCAAUGCUCCCCACUCUUUGAGGCCCUGUGCAGGGGAUGCUUACUUGCUUUUUCAGGAUCUUUGUCAGCUGGUAAACGCUGAUCAGCCUUACUGGCUGCAGGGAAUGACGGAGAUGACCCGCACAUUCGGGCUCGAGUUGUUGGAAUCAGUUCUUACUGCCUUCCCAUCAAUAUUCUCAAAGCAUCCAGAGUUCAGUUUCCUGCUGAAGGAGCGUAUAUGCCCGCUUGUGAUCAGGCUGUUUUCCCCAAGCCUCAAGUAUCGCCAGGGUGUGCCAACCCCUCCAUCCCCCACCGCCCUCGAUAAUCGACCAUUCUUCCCGAUCGUGAUGAGGCUCCUGCGAAUCGUGUCGUCCCUCAUACAGUACUACUAUGGUCUACUGAUGACAGAGUGUGAGAUAUUCCUAUCACUGCUGGUGAAGUUUCUAGAGCCGGAGAAACCCAUGUGGCAGAGAUGUUUGGCCCUGGAAGUCCUGCAUAAGCUAUUUGUACAGGCUGAGCUUGUCAGGUCUUUCUGCCUGAGUUACGACAUGAAGCCACAUUCCACGAAGAUAUUCCGUGACAUGGUGAAUGGAAUAGGGGCUUUUAUCCAGUCACAGUUCAUGAACCAGCCCGGUGGACAAGCAGCGCAAAGUCUAAAACAGGCAGAUAUCCAAGGCAGUCCCCCAGCUCUGGUAGCUGGCAUGCCUGUGGGUAGCGGGAUAUCUCCCCAGCCGGCCUUCAUGUAUAGAGGGGUGUGGAUUCCCCUAGUGUUGGUCAUACCCCAGGGGCAGACCAGGCCUACAUUCCCAAAUAUAAGUGGCAACCUACCGAAAGAUGCAUUUACAUUUGUAAUGUCCCAAGAGCGGUAUAGCCUUGAAAUGUUAGACAAAGUUGAACCCCCCGUUGUACCAGAUGGGUAUGGCCUAUCUCUGGGUUUCUACUGCUUGGUGGAAGCGGUCCGAACCAUUCAGGUCAUAGUAGAGGGGGAGAAAGCUGAUGGUGCGAAAACAGCAGAAGACAGGAGUAAACAACUUGCAGACGCUGAAAAACAGAAAAAAAAUGAGGCAGACAGUGAUAAAAAGGAUAAAGAAUCUGAUGAACGGCAUCUUCAUGAAGAGCUAGUAAAUUCCUCCUGGUGUGGCAUGCUGGCUGCUCUAGCUCUACUGUUGGAUGCUAGCACUGACGAGAGUGCCACAGAGUCCGUACUUAAGUGCCAAGAGGCGUUCAUCAGCCUGUGUGGUCGACUAGAAAUGACAACCCCACGAGACGCAUUUAUUACGUCUAUCUGCAAAGGUUCACUUCCCCCACACUACGCUCUUACUGUGCUCAAUACACAGGGAGGUCUGCCUCAGAAAGGUCACAUACGGUCACCAAGCCAAGACCUCCAAUCCUCUCCCUUCGCAGAAACAACAGAUAGAAGCCAAGUUGUAGCUGUUGGAACAGCUCUUCCCACUUCUGCUCUGCCUGUGGGAGCCCAUCAGGGGCCUGUCAUGUUGACGGCCAAGAAUAUUCAAUGUAUGCGUUCGUUGUUGUGUGUUGCCCACUGUCACGGGGGAAUUCUGGGGUCGGCAUGGCAUCUGGUUCUUACAACACUGCAGCACCUAGUCUGGAUUCUAGGUUUGAAGCCAUCCAGUGGGGGCAGCCUUAGAGCCAGUCAGCCAGACUCCUCUGGUGCAGUUAUAACAACAGCUGUAAUGACAGAGUUGCCUGUUUUGUCCUCAAUGCUUUCAAGGCUGUUUGAAUCAUCACAGUACCUAAAUGAUGUAGCCCUACACCACCUUAUAGAUGCUCUAUGUAAAUUGUCAACAGAGUCAAUGGAACUAGCGUACUCCAAUAGAGAACCCUCUCUGUUUGCCGUUGCCAAGUUGCUGGAGACCGGGUUGGUGAAUUUGUCACGUGUUGAUAUUCUGUGGAGACCAGUCACUGCACAUCUUUUAGAGGUCACCCAGCACCCCCAUCAUGGCCUCAGGAACUGGGGAGCAGAGGCCAUUACACAUCUAGUGCAGUCAGCCCUUGACUACAAGUAUGAUCCACCCCUGCACGAAACCCUGAAGCUACAAGCCAGCAUCCUAGCACCACUCCAAGACCUGUCAACAAUCACACAGCCAGACAUUCGGCAAAAACAGCUGCAGUGUGUGUUCCAGAUUCUCCAUGACAACGGCGACACCUUGAACCAUGGCUGGCCACUCAUACUGGGCGUCAUUGGGGCAGUCACCAAUGACCAGGGGGAAAAGCUGGUACAAACCGCGUUCCAGAGUCUACAGUUGGUUGUCACGGAUUUUCUUCCCAUAAUUCCCUGUUGUUACCUGGAAGAUGUGGUUGACGUCGCCGCAAAGUUUGGACUUCAGAAACAGGAGUUGAACGUCAGCCUGACAGCCAUUGGACUGCUGUGGAAUAUCUCUGACUACUUCUACCAGAAUAGAGAGAGAAUCAAGGCUGACCUUAACAAGACGCCUUCCAAAGGUGAGGUCAAGGUCACUGAAAGGUCAGAUGACAUGUCAGCGUUUGACGCUCUAUGGAUGUGUCUGUUUACGCGACUAGGUGACCUGUGCGUUGAUGCGAGGCCGGCAGUGAGGAAAAGUGCAGGACAGACACUGUUCUCAACCAUUUCAACACAUGGCGGUCUUUUGCAACAGUCUUCAUGGAAAAACGUUUUAUGGAAGGUGCUGUUCCCUCUACUUGACAAUGUUAAAAAAUUGUCGAGCGCCGCACCAAACACAAAAGACACGUUGACACAGGGAAACAUUCUGAUUCACCAUUCCCGAGACACCGCUGAAAAGCAAUGGGCGGAAACAAGAGUGCUAACUCUUGCAGGAGUUGCUCGAACCUUUACGGCACAGAGGAAAAUACUGCAAAGCUUUUACCAGGAGUUCCCUCAUGCCUGGGCCUUGCUGUUAGACCACAUUGAGGGUGCUGCCCUGUGCCAAAAUGCUGAAAUCUCCAUUGCUGCAAUAAAAAGUUUCCAAGAAAUGCUGUUAAUCCAAAAAGAUGAAGUUUCUUACGCGCUACCUUCUAUUCCGGUAAAACCCCCUACUGCAGAAUCUAUAAAUAGAACUGGGGAAUCCCCUCCAGUGGAGGACUCUAGUAAAAACCAAAACGAAGCUGAGGAGAUCACAGGAAAUGAAUAUGACAUUGCAUUGUGGUCUGCCGCUUGGAAAGUGUGGCUAAAUAUAGGUACAAAUUCAACCAAACCCCCUGAGGAUGCUAGCUCCCUGUAUGUACCCUCCCAACCAUUCUUGACUGCUUUAAUUCAGACAUUUCCCCCAUUGAUGGAGCACAUCAAAGUGCGUUUUUCGGUAUCUGACCUACAGAAGUUGUCAUCAGUGUUAAAGCGUGCGCUGACUGUGCCCGUACAUGGCGAUUCGUCGCCCUUUCUCCUGCCGUCAUUUCCAGAUGUCUCAACCACACCCUUGCAAGAAGCAACGCUACAGGCUGUGGAGGCAAUCAUUAAGACUGUGAAAGAUGGUCCAGCGACAAUGCACAACAUGUAUCCGGACAUCUUUGACCAGCUGUUGACCUACAUAGACUACGGCAUCCGUGUACCAAAGUUUGGGAAGAUUGAAACAAAGCAGUUUGGCUCAGUAAAGGGUCCAACGGUGGAUUGGGUGACAAUGAAUUUUGUGCCGUUUGCUGAGCGAUGUAUGGAGCUUGCCGUGGAUAUGUACUGCGCCACCGCCUCCCAUACAACUGUUAUACAAAAUCACGUCCAACAGAACAUCAUUAAGACGCUACGCCAGCCGUUGAGCCUCAAAUAUGGCUGUCCCUCGUCAAGUACGUGGAUGCUGGCCAUUAAUUCGCUACUCAGGGUUCUCGAGUCGGGACUGCCUGUUGCACGUAAAAAUGAGGCGAUGUUUACAUCAAUGUGGGCAGAGCUGGCAACCACAUUAGAGGAAUUCUUGUUUUCGAAGAACCCAACGCCAGCCAAUCUGUCUAUUGAGGAUUUCCAGCGAGAUGAGGCUUUGGAUUGUAAGGUAGUGCAUAUGUUGCGGGAUGACAUCCUACCAUUUGCCUCUACGGUACCACCAGAGUUCACAGAGAAAGUUAUGUCCAUCCUCAACCGAGGCUCCAUACAUUCCACAUCAUCUGACUCCUUCAUUGACACAGACUCUAGUCGCAAGCUACGGGAGGAAUUCGCAAAGACGUGCUUCGAGACACUGCUGCAGUUUUCAUACAUGAACCGAUCGAAAGCGGAAGACACCUCCAUAACAAAGCUCGCUGUGAUAUCGCUGCUCCAACGCUGUCAAGAUGUCGUCAAGAAAUAUGCAGAGGAUGAGAGACUCAGCGGGAAAUGUCCUCUACCUAGGCCCAGGCUAGCAGAGAUGGCGUCAGUUCUGAAGGCAGUGACCACACUGAUUGCAUCUCUGAAAAAGGCACCCCAGGCUAAUGUUGAAGUCGGGGUUUGGCAGCAUGUAAUAUCCCUCUACCCUCAUCUAGUGGACUGUACCACCUCACCCUCUCCUAGCGUUUGCAAGGCUCUCAGAGAUGCCCUCGCUGAGUACAAAGAUCUGCUUGCCCCACCCGCUGUAAUGAUGCAGAAUGGGAGAUAACUCUUUUCUUGGCCGAAGUGAAAACUUAUGCCAUAUGCUGGCACAGCCUGUGUUAUGGACUUUGGAAUUGAAUUACUGACAGUGAUUAAGAGUUAUGGUUCUUUGCAUUGAAUUGCUGUAAAUGAUUGAAGAGUUAUGGAUCCUGGAAUUGAAUUACUGUUAUGAAUUUAGAGUUUAUGUUCUUUGAAAAUCUUGUGUGACCUGCCUAAGUGCUGUGGAAUUGUAAAUAGCUCCAGACAUGGAACCAAAUAAUAGUUUUUGAAGGGUUAUUGUUCUUAGAUAAGAAUAGCUGUUGGAAAUUAAUUAACAAGGGUUUAGGAUGCUUCAAAUAGAAGAUAAAUCUUCUCCUGUUUUGUCACAGUGCCAGAAAUGGGGGAAAUAUUGUAUUGUGGUAAGAUAACUCAUGUUUUAUAUGGGUUAAGCAUGAUUGUAGUUUAUAAGUGGAGCUGGUUUCAAUAUUUUGUAUAUAAAGUUAAUUUAAAAAGCUUUCAUUCAUUAAAAGAAGAUAUACUGACUGUUCAAAACAAGUGCUUUUUAGUGAAAAAUGAUGUAGUGCUUAGAAAACAAGGCUGGCAUUCUAGUUAGUCGGGUUAGUGCAAGUUUGACAGAAAAAAUGUUUUUGUCAUAAGCAUGGUUUAGCAUUUUAGGACUAUUUGUGUUGUUGUACAUAUAGCAUACAUUUGUUAUAAAAGUGGACAUGUAAAUGUUUAUAUGGUACAAGAUCUGCCAAUGUUUUGUAAAUAAUUUCUGGUAAUAUUAAUGUAUCAUUUUCACUGGUCAUUUUGUUGAUGUUCUGUAAAGUUUAUUCAAAAGUUUAUGGUUGUAUUAAUAUACUAGGUAAUUAUAAUUAAAUGUGUAGUUUCUCUCAGUCUUCAUUAGAAAGAUCUCGUCCUAAAUACGGCAAAUAUUGCAGUUUUGAAUGUAGAAGUAGACCUUAUACUUGAAUUGAUCCAAAUGAUUUUUUCAAAGGACAAAAUCAGUAUUUAAUUUAUGGAAAAAAAUGAAUAACAUAUAUGAAUAUCUUAUUAAUGUUUCCUUUUAUAUUUGAUGUAAUAUGAAAAUCUAUUGAAUAACAUAUCCGAAUAAUUCCUUAUUAAUGUUUCUUUUUUAUAUCUGCUAAUUUCUUCAUGAUUAAAUAAUGUGUUUAACACAGAACAGUAACUUUACUUACAUGUAUAAAAAUGUCCUACACAAUUGUAUUACAUUACAAAAUAUAGACUUCAGUAUUUACGAAAAUAGUCAUAGAUAACAUCGUGAUUGUCAACGGGGGCUAACAAUUGUUGAAGAUAAUAUAGUACAAUGUAGGCUACACACUGUCUUAAAGGUCUUAAAGGUCAAAUGCAAGUAGCGUAAUCAUUAACACCAAACCAGUAAGGCAGAUCAACAUCUUAUCAGAGGUCAGACAGCAAAGUCACAUGUCACAUGUACUUCACUUAUUUAAUCAUUGACACAAUCAUACAAACACCAUGAGAAACAAAAUCCAAAUUUCAUAACAUAAUUUAUCAAUUGCUCUUUUCAAAAUACAACUGUCAUGUAAAGACUCUAUUUGAUGUGCUAAAUUGCUUCAUUCAGAGCUUGUUUAUCCAAAACUUUGCCUUUCAGAUUUUUGGUUUUUCAUAAAGCAGCCAACUUAUCAACUCACAAUUGUAUAAUCUCCUUUUACAAAUUUUCAAUUUGACAAUUUGUAUAAUUCCUGUUUCAAAACUAACAACAUUACAUCUAUAAGUCUGUUCAAGUAAGAAGUUGUUUGAUUUUCAAGUAAAGUUUUCAACUCAUUUUAUAUUUGACAGAAAUUUUUGAAUGCUGGAGCUUUUGUCUUAUGCUUGUUGAUAAGGGUGCUUUAAAGGUACAAAACAAAAAAAUCUUAUGAUUUAUGUACAGAUAAAAUGAUAUUAAUAGCAAUGUGGCCACAAAUUCUCCAUUUAAAAGAAGGGCCAAAAUGAGGCUAAUAUUUAUUAUCUGUAAACAUAUCAUGUUUAUUUCUGUUUUGAUCAUUCAACUCUAAUGAGUUAAGCAUAAUAAUACAUUAAAGUUAAUACAUUUCCUUUGUGCAUCUUUCCAGUAUUUCUUGUACCUUUAUGUCAAGUACUCUGCCAAAAGAGCAAUAUUUGACCCCUUAUACACGUUUGCUCCAAAUUAUGUGUAAGCUAAAUACUAUUUCAGAUAAUGUCAAUUGAUACUUUUUUUCUGAAUUUCAAAGUAUUAGUUCAUAUUUGAACUCCAAUUAGCAGAAGUGGCUCUUACAAUAGUAAAUUAUUAAAUGAUCAGUUUUCAGCAUCAUAUAAAAGAUUUGUUCAUAAAUAAUAAGCAUGAACUACCUUACACUAUGUUUUAUUAUGGACUUGAAAAAACAUGAUACAAAAUAGGUGCUGUCUUUCUAAUGUUUGCCACAGGAAUCUAUGAUGUCAUAAUCCUGCUGAUAUCACGUCUACUGUAUGUCUUAUUCUGCUUGACACAGUUCAAAUCUGUUGACGUACAAUACCAUGAAUUCUUAAACUUUGUAUUUUCAUAUUUGAUUCAGUCAAUUCAUAUUGAUGCAAUUACUGAACAUCUGUACCACUUAAAUGUUGACUUGUAUUUAUUAUGUCUCCCCCUCUCUGGGGGAGACAUAUUGUUUUUGCCCUGUCCGUCAGUCCGGUAGUCCGUCAGUCCGUCCGUACGUCACACUUCGUUUCCGAUCGAUAACUGGAAAACCGCAUGACCUAGGAUCACCAAACUUGGUAGGGAGGUUGGUCGUGAGGUGUAGAGGAUCCCUAUUGUUUUUGGGGUCACUAGGUCAAAGGUCAAGGCGACCCCCAAUAUAAAAAACAUUUCUGCUCAAAAUCUUGAGAACGGUUUGACCUAGGUUCACCAAACUUGGUAGGGAGGUUGGUCAUGAGGUGUAGAAGAUCCCUAUUGUUUUUGGGGUCACUAGGUCAAAGGUCAAGGUCGCGGCGACCCCCAAUGUAAAAAACAUUUCCGCUCAAUAUCUUGACAAUGGUUUGACCUAGGUUCACCAAACUUGGUAGGGAGGUUGGUCGUGAGGUGUAGAGGAUCCCUAUUGUUUUUGGGGUCACUAGGUCAAAGGUCAAGGUCGCGGCGACCCCCAAUAUAAAAAACAUUUCUGCUCAAAAUCUUGAGAACGGUUUGACCUAGGUUCACCAAACUUGGUAGGGAGGUUGGUCAUGAGGUGUAGAAGAUCCCUAUUGUUUUUGGGGUCACUAGGUCAAAGGUCAAGGUCGCGGCGACCCCCAAUGUAAAAAACAUUUCCGCUCAAUAUCUUGACAAUGGUUUGACCUAGGUUCACCAAACUUGGUAGGGAGGUUGGUCAUGAGGUGUAGAAGAUCCCUAUUGUUUUUGGGGUCACUAGGUCAAAGGUCAAGGUCGCGGCGACCCCCAAUGUAAAAAACAUUUCCGCUCAAUAUCUUGAGAAUGGUUUGACCUAGGUUCACCAAACUUGGUAGGGAGGUUGGUCGUGAGGUGUAGAGGAUCCCUAUUGUUUUUGGGGUCACUAGGUCAAAGGUCAAGGUCGCGGCGACCCCCAAUAUAAAAAACAUUUCUGCUCAAAAUCUUGAGAACGGUUUGACCUAGGUUCACCAAACUUGGUAGGGAGGUUGGUCAUGAGGUGUAGAAGAUCCCUAUUGUUUUUGUGGUCACUAGGUCAAAGGUCAAGGUCGCGGCGACCCCCAAUGUAAAAAACAUUUCCGCUCAAUAUCUUGAGAAUGGUUUGACCUAGGUUCACCAAACUUGGUAGGGAGGUUGAUCAUGAGGUUUAGAAAACUCCUAUAUUUUGGGGGGUCACAAGGUCAAAGGUCAACGUCGCUGUGACCUCUAAUGUCAAAAAAUAUUUCCGUGCAAUAUCAGGAGAAUGCUUUGAUCUAGGUUCACCAAACUUUGAAGUGAGGUUGGUCAUGAUGUCUAGUUGAUUUUGCGAUCAGUUGGUCAAAGGUCAAGGUCACUGACCUUGAGGUGAAGAACCGGUUUCUGCUCAAUAACUCAAGAACGUUUACACCCAGGAACUUCAUACUUGGUAUGCCAGUUAGUCAUGACUAGUUGAUGGCCCCUAUUGAUUUUGGGAUCCAUCAUUGAUUAUUUCUCACCUACGACCACACAAUGGGGGAGACAUGCGCUUUUUCAAAAAAGCAAUCUCUAGUUUCAUUUUAUGUUACUUAUGUAAAGUAAUUCGAUUAUAAUAAUAAAAAAUAAUAAAUAAAAUAAUGUACAAUGUAAGUUGAUAUUUUAUUUUUUGUUAUCAAACCAAUUUUCAAUGAGCGUGACACAGUUGUCACAUAUUCUUGCAAAUUAAUUUAGUAUUGGUAGAUUGGUGGAAUGGUGGGCAUAAACACUUGAGAACGGUUUGACUUAGGACCAGUGGUAGGCUGCAAUUGACCCUUAGAGUGUCAGUAGGUCUAAAGUCAGGGUCAUGGUCAGCAGUUUUACAAAACUUGGGCUAUGUAUACAAAACCUAUCUAUGACUCUGCAACUCUACUAGAAGGUUGCACUUGACAAGUAGAUCUCCCCAUUUUAUGGCUCAGUACGUCAAAGGUCACAGUCCGGUCUUAUUAACAAUUUGUCUUCAACAAUAACUUAAGAUCUAAGAUGUAAGAAAAUGAAACUUAUGGGGAAGGUUGACCUUGACCAGUAGAUGACCAUAUUAGUUUUGGGGGUCAGUAGGAGGUCAAGGUCAACAGUAUAUGUCCCCUAUUGUAUUUUUGUCAGUAGGUCAACAGUCUUUUAAACACUUACUUUGCACAACUACUUAAUCUGGUUUGACCUAGGACCAUGCUAUUUUGCAACUCCAUUGGUAGGUAUCCCUUGACCAGUAUAUGACCCCUACAGUAUUUUGGGGGUCAAUAGGUUAAUGAUCAAGGUCACAGCCAA